GUAUGUACCAGAUAAUGCCAUUUCCUCGGAAGACGCACAAUGUCACCCAGAAGAAGUCCACAUUACGUUUGGCGACAAAGUGUCAGAUGUCGUCAUCAUGUGGUCAACAGUCGGUAAUUGUUCCAGUUCGGUAGAGUAUGGCCCCGGACCCUGGGGAUUAGCACACAGGGCCCAAGGGGAGACCAAGCUGUUUACAGAAACCAACCCCAACGGAAAGCAUUACCUCCACAGGGUUGAGGUUAAGGACCUUGGUAGUUCCACGACAUAUUUCUACAGACCUACCAGCAAUGGAGUUAGCAGCGGACCAUUCUACUUUAAGACACCGCCUUCUGGAUAUGAUUGGAGCCCGGAGUUUUUGGUAUAUGGUGAUUUGGGCGUGGAGUCUGAUGCGAUUUCUGCUCUGGAAACGGAGGCUUUGUCGGGGAAAUAUACGUCAAUUUUUCACGUUGGUGACUUUGCAUACAAUAUGGAGGACGAAGGAGGAAUGCAAGUAAAUGACACGCACAAAAAUGACACAUCCAUGGACUUGUGCGAAAAUAAGAGAGGAGACACGUUUUUACGUUUAAUAGAAGAUUUUUCUUCUAGAGUGCAAUAUCUGACAUCUCCGGGAAACCAUGAAAUAGACCAAGGCAGUUUCGCCCAUUACCGGUAUCGGUUUUCUACGCCCGGUACAUCCUGGCCCAUCCCCCUGAACAAAAUGUGGUACAGCAUAGACAUAGGACAAGUGCACUUUGUCAGCUAUUCCUCGGAAGUGUUUUUCACGUCCGAUGGACAAUACAUUGCUGAACAAGAAAAAUGGCUGAAGGCAGAUUUGAAGCAAGCAAACGACAACAGAGCUCGUUGUCCGUGGGUCAUCGUUCUGGGUCACCGCCCAAUGUACUGCUCCAAUAGUGAUGGAGAUGACUGCACAAAGGCAGAUUCUAAAGUUCGCGCCGGAUUAGAGGACAUUUUCUUCAACUAUGGAGUGGACAUAGUUCUACAAGCACACGAGCAUUCUUAUGAGAGAUUGUGGCCGCAAUAUAAAGGAGUGGUACUCAGCAAGAACUAUACGAAUCCCCAGGCACCAGUUCAGCUCAUCUCGGGGGCAGCAGGGAGCAAGUAUAAAGGAGACAACGAAAAAGCCAGGAGAGAAGAAUGGUCUGCCUUUACAAAUACAGAUGAAUCAUUAAACAGCGUGGGUAAAUUGAAAAUUAUGAAUUCGACGCACUUGUAUUGGGAGCAAUAUAAUUUGUUAACAAAACGUGUAAUUGAUUCG